UUAGAUUAGCAAGAUAAAGCGUAUUUUCCCAACACACGUAUUUCUCAAGCUGGUGUUGAAGACCUCAGCAAUCGUAGUAAUGCUCAAGAAAAAACUACGAUAAUGGGAAGUAUCUUGACCCUCGAACAAGGUCGAGUUAAUAUCCUAGACCGGUACGCCCAGCUGCAGUAGUUGUAUAAAACAACUGGAAGUUCAAUGUUGUGGCGAUGGCUUCCAGUAGUGAAUCUACAUAUCUAGGUCUUGAUUUAAGUACGCAGCAGUUAAAGGCCGCCGUGUUGGAUGACAAAUUUCAAAUACUUCACGAAACAGCCGUCCAUUUCGAUAAUGACUUACCAGAAUUUAGGACGCACGGUGGUAUUAUUCAAGAUAAGGAAUACCCGGGAUUGGUCACCGCACCUACAUUAAUGUGGGUUAAAGCGGUUGAUAUGUUAAUGGAUCGACUUACAGUUUGUGGAGUUGAUUAUUCGAAAAUUGUUGCCAUUUCCGGAGCGGCACAGCAACACGGUUCCGUUUACUGGAAUAAUGGCGCCGAAAAGAUCUUAAGAAAUUUGAAUUCAUCUCAAUUUUUACAUCAGCAAUUGGCGACCAGCUUUUCGGUAUCGCAAAGUCCAACGUGGAUGGAUUCGAGCACUACCGCUGAGUGUAAGGCACUUGAGGAUGCGGUCGGUGGACCAUUAAAAUUGGCCGAGAUAACUGGAUCGAGAGGAUAUGAGCGUUUUACAGGGCCACAAAUUGCGAAAAUUGUGAAGACAAAACCUGAUGCGUACAAAGCUACAGAGAGAAUAUCACUAAUAAGCAGCUUCCUUUGCUCACUAUUUCUUGGUAAAAUUGCACCUAUCGAUAUUAUGGAAGCGUCUGGCACAAACUUAAUGGAUAUCAAAUCGAAAACUUGGAACGAGACGUUACUGGACAGAUGCGGCCCGAAUCUAAAGUCAAAAUUGGGCGAUACGGUGCCGUCUAAUACCAAACUAGGAAAAAUUGCGCCGUAUUUCGUCGAUCGAUGGGAUUUUAAUCCCGAAUGCGAGAUAAUCGCAUUUACUGGAGACAAUGCCUCCUCCUUGAUCGGCCUGCGACUUAAUCCCGGGUGGUUGGCCGUUAGUUUGGGUACCAGCGAUACUGUCUUCCUAUGGUUGCAAGAACCGCACGUCGUCAUAGACGGGCACAUAUUCUGCAACCCUAUCGAUAAAGAUGCUUAUCUUGGACUCUUAUGUUUUAAAAAUGGCUCGUUGUCACGAGAGCGCAUUAGGAAUAAUUGCACCGAAGGAUCGUGGGAAAUAUUUAACAUGCUCCUUGAUAGUACUCCUAGAGGUAACUUUGGGAAUAUAGGUUUAUACUACGACACUCAAGAAAUCAUUCCAUUUUUAUCUGGUGAUUAUAGGUUUAAUAAAGCAGGAGAUAGAAUUGUUAAAUUUACCAGUUUAGAAGUAGAGGUACGCGCGCUGAUCGAGGGCCAAUUUAUGGCGAAACGGAUGUACGCCGAAGACUUUGGUUUCAAAUUUGGAGAGGACACAAAGUUACUAGCCACCGGGGGUGCUUCUUGCAAUAAAUCAAUUCUUCAAGUCAUGGCCGACGUAUUUAACGCACCUGUUUAUACAUUGAAUGUGUCCAAUUCGGCUACCAUUGGAUCGGCUUAUCACGCAAAGAUUGGUCUAUUAGGAAAUGAAAAGACCUACCAGGAAAUUACAGCUUGUCUUCCAGAACCAGAGCUGGUCUGCACCCCUUACAGCGAUGCGGCAGAUAUAUACGAACCUAUGUUGAAACGGUAUCGUAAUAUUAUACAAAUGCUAGUGAAAACUAGUUGAAAUUCUGGAUUUAGCACAAUUUUUAAUAUUUUUUAAUACGUUCAUAGUUUAUUUUUCUACCAAAAAUGUAACUAAGUAUAAAGUGCAAUAAAAUUGUUCGUGUUU